CCAUGCUCAAGAUCCUCACCAAGAAGCUCAGGCGCCAGAGUUUGAGUGAGAUCCAGCCUUUCAAGCUGAAGAUUUCAUACCCCCCAAGUGAUGAGGAAGACAGUGAUGAUUCUGAGGGAGAGAACCAGGAACUUGCUCAGAUUGACAGAGAGAGAAGACGGAAUUGCUGCUUGACCCCCUUGGCAAACAAUCAACUGCAGAACCAAGAAAACCAGUGCUGCAAAAUGCGGGCCCAUUUUCCUGCAGGCCUCGAUCGGCACAGCUCCGAAGAGGAGCUGGAACGAAUCAGCCGUGAGUUUGCAGCUGAGAAACUGAAAUGGUCGCAAGUCAACAGGCUCGCCUGCUGUGGUGACAACUACAAUACUUCCUCUAGUGACGAGGAAGUGAAGAACCUGUGUGGCAUGUCCUUCCGACCAGUUGUAGAAGCAGCGGAUGGCUUCCAUGCAAGCUCGAGCCCCGUGCUCUUCAGUGCCUCGCCUCCUAAGAGACUCCAGCCUUUUGUACGAACCCCAACAUCCCGGCCUUUAAUCUUCACGAGUGUGGGAGCCAGCUUUGAGCAGGUGAUGCCAUGUAAACGACACCGGCAAGGCUAUGGAGACAAGGUCAGUAGGCCCAGCCUUGACCUGGAAAAAAUGCAGCAGAAGAUGCUAUUUAAGAAGACUUGUGGAGCAAAGUCGCGAGUGAUCAAAAUUCGUCAUAUCAAUGGGAGCCGACCAUCGCCUCACUUCUUGUACGACCCGUCAAUCUUUGCCUUCCGGUCUCUGAGCACUUUGAAGUCUUUGAGUCCCAUAGCUCCAGUCGAAGAACCAUCCUGUGCCUACUGAAGGAGAUACUUGAAACUCUCAGGAAUCAUCAUACCAACCAACUGCCCACCGGGGACUGGAU